CCACCGUGAAUAGAUUGCAUUUAUAGCCAUAACAGUUCGUCUGAAGUGGUGUAAACUCUUGGAAACGUCAUACUCGGACAUCCGAAUUUGUCCUCGGCUUGUUUUGUUUUUGAGGCUCGAAAGCGUUUCUGCCGGUUUUGGUUCAGUCGUGAAACUUUCCUCACAAUGAUUGAGGUGGUGGCCUCAAUGGCUCGGGGGCCUGUGUUUCUGGCUGGAGAGGUUCUGGAGUGUCUCAUCACCUUCACUAAUCCAAUAUCCCACCUCUCCACUAGUGCCAGCAGCGAGAUGCUUGCAUGGGCUAGUGCUCAGAUCCACUGCCAGUUCCAUGCCAGUGAAAGCCGUGUGGCACUGCCUACUCAGGGCACGAAGCAAGAUGUACAGGCAGAAAAUGACACUGUGCUCAUCCCCAGCAGAGGAGAGCGAGGCCAGUGCAUGCUGGACACUCCACCCAAGAUCCUGUUCUGUGACCUGCGGCUAGACCCUGGAGAGAGUAAAACUUACACUUACAGUGAGCUCGUCCCCAUGGACGGCCCUCCUAGUUUCCGUGGUCAGGCGGUGAAAUACGUGUACAAGCUUACGAUUGGUUGUCAGAGGGUCAACUCUCCAAUCAAGCUGCUGCGUGUCCCCUUCAGAGUGCUCGUUCUGCAUGGCAUGCCUGAACCCCCUUUCCUACAGGACGAGGAAGUAUCACCCACAAACCCCUUCCUGGAAGAGGAGGAGGGAGGAAGAAGAGAUACACGACCACUGGAGCGAGCACUAGACAUGCUGAUGAUCACUACCUCACGUCGCUGCCCACAUCUGUUUAAUAUCACUAACAUGCGAGGAAAGGUGGCCAAAUUCUGUAUCUUUAAGACUGUGUACAGACUAGGAGAGGACAUCAUUGGCACAUUUAACUAUUCAGAGGGAGAUAUCCCAUGUCUACAGUACUCAGUGAGUCUGCAGAGUGAGGAGGAGGUCCUUGAGAAAUAUCAGAGGCGACCAGCUCAGGCGGUCAGUGUCACAAGUCACGGUCGGCAUCUAGAGUCCUGCCUCCACACGGCCUCCAGCCACUUCUCCCUGCCUGUACCUCUCAACGUUACACCCGGUUUCACCACUGAUAUCGUAACCCUAAGGUGGCGUCUACACUUUGAAUUCGUCACAGCAAGAGAGCCAGUGGAGUUGCCUACUGUUCUUCAGAACCAAUCAGAAGUCACCGUAUGGACUGGGGCAGAGCAAGUGGAUGUGGACACCUUCAGCUGGGACCUGCCAAUCAAAGUGCUUCCCACCAAUCCAGCACUGGCUUCAUAUGUUUCUCAGUUCACAGGGACAAAUAGUAUCAAUAUCUGAAUUGAUCGUGUGUGUGUGUGUGUGUGUGUGUGUGUGUGUGUGUGUGUGUGUGUUGUGUUGUGUUGUGUUGUGUUGUGUAACUUUCCUUUAUUUAGGUUUUCACAUCAAAACCAGCAACAUUUCUGGUCUUUUAUUUGUCUUAUCUUGUGUGUGUAAAGUAUGUGGACCUGAUUUGAACAUUUCAGGCUAUAACAUGGGACCUUUUCCAUAUUUAUUGUAUUCCAACCUUGGGUGCUAAUGCACAUUUUAUAAGGGACAUUUAUGCAGGUAUCUAUUCAGCCAAUCAGGUGAAAACAGUACAAUAACACAGUUAAAGCUGAAGCUCUUCAGCUUUAACGCAGUUAAAGCUGAAGAGCUUCAGUUAUAUUCCACAUCAUUGUGAUUAAACCGAUCUGAAUGUUUGGUAAAACAUAUCUAAGUGAGUGGAUAACUGCAUGAAUGGUCAGGUGUACAGAUGUUCCUAUUAAUGGUAAGUGUAUGUGAUUUUAAAUGAACUCCCCACUGCAGAGCUGCUUUUUUUUUUCUUAUAUAAUUUUUCCCCUCUUUUCAGUGUACAUUUCUUUAUGUGACAAGCUGACAGAUUCUUUAUUGCAGUUAUUAACAGUGUUUUGAACUCUUAAAUAAAAAGAGUGAAAUCAGA